AUGAGAAAUUCAACAUGUCUUCAGCCAUCGUUAGCUACUACUGUAGUUCUACCUGUCAUCUACUCUUUCCUAUUUCCUGCUGGAAGUUUUGGAAAUAUUCUCACUGCCUGGGUAUUUUUGAGGCAAGCACUUACAAAAAGAACACAGUACAUUUACCUGGCAAAUCUUGUCGCUGCAAAUUUAUUUAUAUGUAGCACGAUGCCUUUUCUGGCUGCCUAUUUUGCAAGGGGGUACCAAUGGGCUUAUGACUCUGUAGCAUGCAGAAUAGCAAAUCACCUUGGGACUCUCAUCAUGCACAUCAGUAUGUAUGUUACCAUUAUAAUUUUAUGUUCAACUGCUCUAAGUCAGUAUGCAACAUUGAAGAAAAACAGUGAUGCACAAUGCUCUCACGCAGCUAAAGAAAACUUCUACAGAUGUGUACUUCAGAAGUUUCGCCAGCCGAAAUUUGCUAAAUAUUUGUGCAUCUUUAUCUGGUUUACUGUGUUCUGCAUAACAGUAACAGCUAUAACAUAUAAUAUCCAGGAAAAGGCUGAGAAAGAAUUUCCCAGUUGCUAUAACAUGAAGGUAGAAGCUGGUGAAUUUGUCACGAUGAUUGCAGCUUCUUUUGCCACUGCAAGUUUUUUUGUGUCUUUUACAACAGUUUUGUUGUCAUACUAUUCACUUACCAGACAUCUGGAUAAAAUAAAAAAAAAUACCUGUAUUGAGGAAAAACAUCUAAUUUACAGUACAGUGAAAAGAAACAUUCUUGUCAUCCAGAUGAUACUAACUAUCUGCUUUCUUCCGUAUCAUAUUUUUAGGCCAGUUUUUUAUGUACUGAUUAAAAAUGACGAGUGCCCAAGGUUAAACUAUCUAGUAGAAAUUAAAAAUUUUCUUACUUGUCUUGCUGCUGCAAAGAGCAGCUUAGAUCCAGUUAUAAUCCUUCUGCUAGAUAAAACAUUUAAGAAAAGUCUGUAUGGCCUAUUUACAAAAUCCACACCAGAACAGCACAAACGUAAAGAUGAUAUUUUCAAUGAAGAGACUCCAGAAAUGUGA